AUGUGGGCCUUGGUCCAAAAUCGACGCAUCAAGAAGCUCGUUACCCUUGAAGUCGGACAAGAGUCAACCGCUGCAUUACGAAUUAGCACCGACGAGCUCAUCCAUGAAUCACCAUCCGCCGAUAGUAAUGGCCAAAUCUGGGUGAAGACGAGCGGGGAAGCCGACCCAAUAGAUCCCAAAAACUGGUCACUGCUGUCAAGAUCGAAAAAUAUUGGAAUCCUCGUGCUUUUGAUUUUCACCCAAGGAUGGGCGGGCGCCGCCGACUCCCAGGCCAACGAGCGUGCAAGCCGCGAGUUUGGAGUAUCUCGAGUAGCCCAAAAUCUCUCAACGGCAAUGUAUCUUUUUGGGAUUGGUUCAGGCUCCCUUUUCGCAGGACCGUUGUCAGAAUCGAUUGGACGGAAUCCUACUUACCUGGUGUCUACUUUUAUAUACCUCCUUUUCGUCCUUGGGUCAGCCCUUACGCCGACAUUCGCGGGUCAAGUGAUAUGUCGUUACUUCGUGGGACUUUUCUCUAGUCCGACGCUAUCGAUAAAUGGAUCCAGUGUUGGCGAUCAAUUUCGUCCUGUGAAACGUGCUUUCGUGUUUCCAAUGAUUGCUUGGGCUAAUAUUGCAGGUCCGAUGAUUAGCCCAAUCGCAGGUGGUUGGAUUUCUUCCCAACCAGACUUAACCUGGCGCUGGACAGAGUAUAUAACUCUCAUUAUAUCGACCUUUGCCUGGAUCGUGGCACUUCUCUUUCUCCCCGAAUCAUAUCUACCGAUAUUACUCGAUUGGAAAUCGAAGCAACUACGACGUCAAACUGGCGAUCAGCGCUACAUGUCUGAGCAUUCUAGGAGCUCCUUCUUCCAACGUGUGAAAGCUACCAUCCUGCGUCCCGUUAUAUUCUUCAGCACCGAGCCAGUGAUUGCUGUGCUGGGAGCGUACUUGAUUCUGUUAUAUUGCAUUCUUUUCACUUUUCUCUCUGGAUUUGACUACAUCUUCAAACAGACAUACAACUUCUCCACAGGACAAACCGGGUCCUGUUUCGGGGCGAUCGCUGCCGGUGCAACAAUCGCUACAUUCACAGCUCCUGCCCUCUAUACAUGGGCGCGCAGAAAGACUCAGUACGAAAGGGGCGCGUCGGUACCUCCCGAAUUCCGACUCUGGCCAGCAAUUGUUGCCGGCCCGUUCUUACCCAUCUCACUAUUCUGGUUGGGAUGGACAAAUUACCCGUCUAUCCCGGCGUGGUCGGGCCUCAUUGCGUGCGGACUGUUCGGUGCUGUGCUGAUAUCGAUCUACAUCAGUAGCUACGAAUAUAUCAUCGAUAGCUAUGGGGAUCACGCAGCGAGUGCACUGGCGAGCAUUACGAUGGCUCGCUACCUAGUAGCGGGCGGAAUGGUGAUGGCUGCCCGCCCGAUGUACGAAGGGAUCGGGGUACAUUGGACAAUGACUAUUUUGGGAGGGAUAUCAAUCUUGUUAGCUCCCAUGCCGUUUGUUUUCAGGAUCUACGGUGCUAGAUUGAGGAAGAGGAGCCGAUACGCAGAAUCGCCUUCAAGCGGGCGUGGCCGAAUUUCAUCUCCUAGAGCCUAA